AUAUAUAUAAAUGUACUCUUAUUUAUUUUAAUAAAAAAAAAUACAAAAUAAAAUAAAAGACAAGAGAUUCAUUUACAAUUGAAUGUAUUGUAAUGUGUUGUGCUUUACAGUGUUUAAGGGUACAUGUGAAUGAAGCUCUUCCGAAAUAAGAAAUAUUAAAAGAAUCGACAACGACCACUUCCUGCACCAAUUUCACCGUGUCAAAAAUAAACGGCUUCACCAUACAGUCCAUACAAUCAACAAAAAUUCUACCCCCGUCGGCAUAUGACUUUAUAAUUCAAAGAACAAACGAACUAUCGAUACAAAACCAUAAGAAACCAAAGAUGCAUAUAGAAGUACAAGUCGCAUUAAAUUUUGUAAUUUCAUAUUUAUAUAAUAAAUUACCAAGGCGGCGUGUGAAUAUAUUCGGUGAGGAAUUGGAAAAAGCAUUAAAAGACAAAUUUAAAGGGCAUUGGUAUCCAGAAAAGCCAUUCAAAGGAUCAGCAUUUCGUUGUUUGAAAACCGGUGAUCCAGUCGAUCCAGUAUUAGAACGUGCAGCUAAAGAAAGUGGUGUGCCAAUACAGGAUGUUUUAGAAAAUUUACCACAAGAGUUAGCUGUUUGGGUUGAUCCAGGUGAAGUGAGUUAUCGUAUUGGUGAAAAAGGUGCAGUUAAAGUUUUAUUUAGUGAAUCGGCGGAUCCUCAAGAUGAAACAUCUGCUGAUCGUGAGGUGACUAAAACAUUUAACCCUGAAGCUCAAUGUUUCCGGCCAAUUGAUGCGGUUGGUUGUAGUCUAAGCGGGCUUAGUCUAUCACCAAAAUCGAAUACACCAUUCAAUCAAGCUGGACCUGUUGGUCCAACUCAAUUGAUAUCGACCGUGUCAACGAGUGCAGCUGGUAAUUUACCGAAUGGUGUUACUGGACAUCUUGCAACAUCUUCGUCUGCACCAUCACCAACAUCACUCAAUACAUCAUUCAAAGGGUCACCUAGUCCUGUACCAGCAUUCAUACCAAGAACUACACAACCGUUAACCUUUACAACUGCCACGUUUGCACAAACCAAAUUUGGCAGCACCAAACUUAAAACAAGCAGUAAACGUGCCAACAGAAUGUCACCUACAGAAUUUUCAAAUUAUAUUAAGCAAAGAGCAAUGCAACAACAAAUACAUCAUCAUCACCAUCACCAACAUCAUCCUCAAGGUGGCAUUGCUCCAUCUCAAACAUCACCAGGAGGCCGUUCAUUAUCUCCAUUGUCAGGUGGACAUCAAACAAACGAUCCAUCUGCAUACUUCUUCCAACCUGGUCCAUAUCAUCCACAAUUCCCACAUCGUAACAUGUUUGAUUCAACACCUAAUAAUCAGUAUAUGCCUGAAAUGUAUUCGAAUAAUUCUAAAUUUCCAUCUUCGUACCUGGAACCAAGUAUUGGCCAACAGUUCUAUGCUGGUAUCAAUGGCUCACCAGUUGGAGUUAAUACACCAUCAAACAACACCAACAAUGGUCAACAAGACAGUAAACUCCUUGACGGUUUGAAUAACUUUAGUUUGGGCAGUGUCGGCUCGUAUCCAGCCAAUCAAUAUCAACAUUUACUUGUUGCAAAUUAGUUCUGAUGCUAUUAGGUAAUUGUCAAGUGCACGCCUAGCACAUUUUACCGGAUCAACAUUUUCCUUCUCCCUCAUAUAAUUUCUGCUCCUAGACAGUCAACUGACAACAAACAACAGACAAACAUCUUCCAUGGGCGCAAAUACUUACUAGCUGCUAACACAAACAAAACUGACUUCUCAGGAGUACUGGAUCGCGUUGUACUCAAUAUAUACUGUUUGUUAAGUUAUUUAUUAAAUCAAUUUUUUAACCUA